UCGACGGGCGGCCGGGAACCCGCGCCUCGCCACACUGACUAGGCUCGCGCUGUUUACACCGACUUUUCCCAGUGCGUGCCUUUCGUGCCCGCACCAGUGGCACGUGAUAGGCCGCUGCCGUUUUUUCCCGCUCGUUCGUCUCAGUGACAGCCGAAGUCGUUGACGACUCCUCUUCCCGCCACUUUCAAAUAAAAAGUGCGCUCCGUUUGGCGCGAAAUGUCGACUCGCAACUCACCAAAGAUAAUCAGUGGCAGCCAAUAAACCCUUGCUUGUGAAGAUUAAGUUGUGAUUUUCGGUUCGAGUACCUCAGGUUAGGUGUUGAUUCGAAAAAAAUGGAUGACUGGGAGCGACACGUGACUCCUUUGCUACAAGACAUGGGCUGUUCGAACGAGGAGGCCCAAGAAGACUUCUUUAAUCAACAAGAUCUGUUGGUCGGCGGAGGCAGCGGCAACGGCGGCGCAGCCACGUCGCCGGAUGGGGGCUCCAGCUCGGCGCCCCCGCUGUCCCCGGGCGGGUCGGGCGUCGCGGGCGGCGCUCUCUCGCCCGGCGCCGGCAGCCACGCCAGCACUCCGGCCGCCUCCUGCUGCGACACGCCGAGACCUAUCAUCACCGACCCGGUCUCGGGCCAGACUGUAUGCUCCUGCCAGUAUGACGGCGCUCGCCUUGCCCUCACCUCUUAUCCGCGACUCUCCAGCGCAGCAGUCGGCGUCUACGGAACGCCCUACCCAUCUUCGGACCAGAACCCAUAUCCGAGCAUCGGCGUAGAUAGCUCUGCCUUCUAUUCGCCACUGAGUAACCCGUACGCGUUAAAAGAGAGCGGUGGAGAGAUGUCGGCUUGGACGUCUGCGGGUCUGCAACCCUCGGGUGGCUACUACCCUUACGACCCCACGCUAGCUGCCUACGGAUAUGGAGCUGGGUACGAUUUGGCAGCCAGGAGGAAGAAUGCAACGCGGGAGUCCACCGCGACUCUGAAAGCCUGGUUGAACGAGCACAAGAAGAAUCCAUACCCCACCAAGGGCGAGAAGAUAAUGCUGGCGAUCAUAACAAAGAUGACGCUCACACAAGUGUCCACGUGGUUUGCGAACGCGCGCCGUCGCCUUAAGAAAGAAAACAAAAUGACCUGGGAGCCGAAGAACAAAACUGACGAAGACGACGACACUAUGCUGUCAGAUGAGGAGAAAGAAAAAGACGAUCAGGAAGAUAAAAUCAAACCCCACAAAGAUGAGGAGCGGAAGAGCGAUGAGCUGCUGCAGGGUAUGCAUCAUCAGCUGCUCGGCUACGGGAUCAAAGAGGAAUCGAAACGUGGGCCUUCAGAUUGCGGAGUGCCAAUACCUGCAUCAAAGCCGAAGAUAUGGUCGCUGGCCGACACGGCCGCGUGCAAGACUCCUCCGCCAGCCGCCCAACCAUGGCCGCAACACGCGUACGGACCGGUGCCCGAGCGCGCCGCCCCCGUCGACGGAAGUGCUAACGGAUUCGCACUGCCAGCAACGGCCGCCAGCCCGGCCGGCGGGGCUUACGGCCGGUACGGAGGCUUUCCCACCGGGCAGUACGGCCAGCAUCCGUGUGUACACCCCGCGGCAUUCCCCGAUGUACAAACCGAUACGCCGCCGCAGACACCGCCUAACAUGAAAGUGCCCAGCGUGGCGAACCCUCUCGGUAGCGGCGGUUCCGGCUACUGCUUCCCGAGGCACCAGCAGUCGCCGCAGCGCGAUCCCUACCACAACCCCCACCACGCUAAUAACCAUCAGCCCAACCAGCCGCAUCAUAACGAAGGCUCGGCCGCAUUUAAGCCGUUUUAUAAAAGCUCGCACUACUCCAACGGUUUCGUGUCAGCCGUCUGAACGCGGACCGCGCGCCACUUGCGGUAAAGCACGUGCAAUUUGGGAUGCAGCUUUGUCCACAAACCCUUAGGGACUAUCGAAUUUUCACUGUGGCAAAACGUGUUUCCUUUACAUGAUCUAUAAAGUAAAUUUGUUUUCGAGAUAUGUUUGUCAAAUUAUCUUUCUGGCAAUUACAAAAAAAUCUGUAAAUUCGGUUUUCAUAUUUAAUAAUGAUUUUGAUAGACAUAUUUCGAUAUAGUUAUAUCUGUAUUGUAAAAAUAUUUCGUUAAAUUCUGUUUAUUGAGGUUCAAACAUCGACAGUUGUCCUAUGUACUUAAAAAUCAUUGUACGAAAUCAACGUUGCUCAGUAUUUUUUAUAGAUUUAAGAAUAUUAUGGAGUUAUUAUCCAAAUUAUUUAUAAAAAAAAAUAGGUACACGGAAUGCGCAAUUAAAAUUAAGUGGAAACGAAAUUAGUUAUUGGACUUAGUAAAUUAUAGUAAAUAUCUGAUUCCGAAAAGGAAUAUUUUAAGUUAAGUUAAUAUUUUAUGAUUUCCCUUAAUUUCGUUCUUCCAACUUUGUUUUGUUUGUAAAAGUUUCUUGGCACAUUAUUCAAUAGUUAACGAGUAUAAUAAUUUUGAUAGAAGUAAGUGUAUUUUACGUAGAAAGAAUCACGAGGUUUCAUACACACAAUACACAAGUAGAAUGGUUUAUAAUAUAAUUAAGAUUGACACCAGCCAUGUGUUUAUUUUUGUUAAUAUCUAGAUCGAUGAAUCGAUUAACUGAAUAUCGAUUUUUAAUAAUUGUUGUUGCCCCUGUACAUAUGAUAAAAAGUUUUGUAGAUUUUCUAUUUUUAGUUUCACAAAAUGUGUACAAAGUAAUGACUAUUUUUUUUGCAAUUUCCAAGUUGUUUUAAAGAAU